AUGGACACAGGAGGGGAGAUAAUUAGCAACUUCGCCAGGACUGUGAUUGUCUUUGUCAACCACAUGAUUUUUGACAUGUGUAUAUGUGUCUGUGGCAUUGCUGGCAAUUGUCUAAGUAUUACGGUAUUCUUAAAGCAAGGACUGCGUACGUCUGUGAACUUGAGUCUGUUCGCCAUGUCUGUCUCAGAUCUCAUUGGUCUAACUUUUCAAGUCUGGCACAACUUUUGUUUGAACCCAUACCUGGAGCAGUCGGGCUUACCUGUUGACUUCUUGGAUGUCCAGGUUUUAACAGCCGGGUGUCCAAACGUGGCCAUGACCCGCAUCACCAGCUGGAUCACCAUGUACAUCACAGCUGAGAGAUGCCUCUCUGUGCUGACACCAUUUAAAGUAGGACGCAUCAUUACGUACGAAAGGAGCGCGGUUAUUCUUCUCUUCUGUUACGGCAUCAACUUGACGUUCUUCCUACCUCGCUACGCCUCUGAGUACCUAAGCCUCAACUUUGACCCGGAGCUGAACAUAUCGAGGCUGGGGAGGGCAGUGAGGGAGAACGAGACCGUCAUCGUUUUCUUAAUUAAUAUCUCGCACGUGCACCUGUCAAUCCUCGCUUUCGUCGUGGUCAUCGUGAAUACCGCCAUUCUGGUGGUCAGUUUGAAAAGAAAGUCCGAGUGGAGAAAAAACGCCACCCGUAGCCAGAACGAGACGCUGUCCAACCGAGAAAAGAAAACUGUAAUGCUGGUCAUCUCGGUGGCCACCGUUCUAAUCGUCUGCUACGCCCCUGGGGUCACGUGCGCCUUCUUAGAAAUCUUAGUCCCUGAUUUCACUUUUUAUGGGAAACAAGAAAAUGUGUACCACGUGAUCUGGUCCUUCUGCUUCCUGUUCAACUCUAUCAACGCAAGCAUCAACGUCUUCGUUUAUUACAAAAUGAGUUCUAAAUAUAGAAACACGUUCCAAGAGAUCUGCCCACGUCUAACUGGCAAAACAAAAUAA